UGCGUCCAACUGAUGGCGUCCAGCCUUUCUUUGGUCGUCCAAUCAGACGAAGAGCCUGCGAGGCUCAAACAUCAGUAGCCUACAAAUGUCAGAGUGAACAGGGGGGCUGCAGCGCAGGCAACAAGUCCAUAAGGGAGUGAGAGAGCCACUGUCACAGCCCCCCAUGAGCCCCUCAGACAUGAGCAUGAGCGCUCAGGCAGAAGAUGAGCUCCGCGACCAGGCAGGCUGCAAGUGGAGGUCGUCGACUCUGUUCUCCUCCUACUGCAUCGAGAGCAUUCUGGGCAGGAGAAGCCCCCUCACAGUCAGACUGCUGGGAAAGCAGAGCGUGUCGGCGCCGCUGAGAGAGGAGGAGCGCGCCGCCUCAGGCCCAGCUGCUCCGAAAACCCGCUCCCCGCCUACACCCGACAUGCACGUCCCCCCCAAACUGCGCCGCCCGUUCGGUCCCGCACACGCGGCUCACGCGCACGAAGGCCAGCCAGAAGACGACAGGCUCGCGGAGAGCGCGCGCGAGAGUUUGAGGAUCAGCCACGCGCCUCCGGUCAGCAUCAGCCGGAGUAAAUCCUACCGCGACCUCGGCCCCCUCGAGAGUCCCACCGUAAAGAGCGAGUCUGGGGGCGGAGGCGCAGUUGGAGACGGAGCCGGAGCGUGGCGCGAGAGGAGCGCGUCCCCGGGGCGCGAGGAGGAGAGCCUGGAGGACGAGCAGGCGAAGCUGAGGGACGGUGAGGAGGGCGCGUGCUUUUCGGCGGGCAGUGACGCCGAGGACGGGACGCUGAAACGAAAGCAGAGAAGAUACAGGACUACUUUCAGCAGCUACCAGCUGGAGGAGCUGGAGAGAGCCUUCCAGAAGACACACUACCCCGACGUGUUCACGAGGGAAGAGUUAGCAAUGAGGCUGGAUCUGACAGAGGCACGGGUACAGGUCUGGUUUCAGAAUCGACGUGCAAAAUGGAGAAAAAGAGAGAAGGCUGGGGUCCAGGCCCACCCGAUGGGUCUCCACUUCCCUGGGCCCAUCACUGCAGCACAGUCUCUGUGCCAUUAUUUGAGUGGUGCGCCAUUCACCCCCACCACACAUCCACCCAUGGAGUCAGCCUGGCCUGCUUCCCUCCAUGGACUCACUCAGAACCUUCCCAGCCCCGCCUCCCCCCACAGAAUCAGCUCUCUGCUUGGGGCAGCCAUGUUCAGACACCCGGCCUUCAUUGGCCCUACAUUUGGAAGGUUCUUCACUAGCAUGACUCCACUGGCGCUGCAGAGACUGCCCCUUCCAGCCAUGGAGCGUCUGUUUCAGUUUCCCCCCCAUAUCCCUGAACCACCGUCUUCCUCUUCCUCGACUCCAUCUCCCUCUUCCUUGCCUGUGGAUCACCGUGCUUCCAGCAUCGCAGCUCUGCGGCUCAAAGCAAAGGAGCACUCUGCUCAGCUCAGCCAGCUCAGCGUCCUUGCAGCUGGUGCAGCUGGAAAGGAAGCUUGAUAUCACCUCUUUCUUUCCAGCCAAGGCACGAGACCAAAGCUGAACUGCACUAUAGUAUGGAGAACUUGGAACCUUGGAACUAUGGAACUCUGGCAAGCUUUACUGCAGAGCAUCAUUUAACAGAGCAUCAUGAUGGCUUUUACUGAUGAAUGCAAUGCCAAAGUAGGUUUUCAGUCCUGCAGUGAAAAAGACUGGUCCCCCUUCAGACUCCUGUAUACCUUAUAGUUUAUUCAAAUGGUGCAUUUAUAGAACUGACAGACCGAAUAUGGGUAGAAAAUGCCCUAAUGUGUGGUCUUCUUGUGUUAUUAAACAUUUUAUAUGUUUUGUUAAGGUUUUGAGCCAAUAACAGGCGAGGCGUGAGCACUAUUUGUUUUACACGGGUUCUUUGAAGUGAGGACACCCCAAGGGCUCCAAAGAAGCCUUCUCUCAAGAAACAUUUUUGUAAGUUAGAUGUACGAUCAUGAAGAACCCUUUUAAAGUUUAAUGAACUUCCACAUAAUGUUCUAAAAGUUCUAUACUGGUCAGAGUUUUUUUCCUGGAACUGAAUGUCUAAGCCAAAUGGCAUUUAGGAAACUUUAUUUAUAAGAUACUAACUGCUGAAUGAGCCAAGGAGAAUGUGCUGAUGUGAAAUAAAAAUAAAGCUGUAAUAAAUUGAAGCUGUAUUGAAACAGGUGGUUAAAAACAGGGAAGGGGCUACAAAUGCUGAAUAAUAAGGAAAUGGGUGAAGAGGACCAAAAGAUUUUAGAACAUUUACAAGCCUAGAUAUCAACAGACAAAGACAAACUUUUCCGCAUUUAACUGCUGUAUGCUUUCAAAGAUAGAUUAAUGUGGCACCAGCUUUAAAUAACUUUCACAACACUUCACAGUUUAACAUUUUAGAUGUUUCUAGAAUAAACAUCAGGUUAAAUAUUAAGAAUGAAGUACUAAAAUGAUUAGUUUAAAAAUUGGCAAACAAAUCGCAAGGCAGAUAAGUUAUCUUAAUAUCAAAAAUAUCAUAAACAGAAAAUAACAAGAUUUCCCACCUGGGCAAGCACACCAUACUAUAUUCAAGUCCUUGGGCAAGACUCCUAAUGCUACAUGUGCUUACUUCACUAACAAGAGAACUAUGCACAUGCUGUGGAGAAGAGCAUCUUCCAAAUUCCAUGAAUGUAAAAGACCUAUAAUUUAAAUAUUAUUGGUGUUCCCAAAUAUUUGAAAUAUUAAACAAACAAUUUAAAAAUAACUAGAUUAGUUUCGUAUUUCUAUAGGUGGUGGUCUGUAGCUCCAGUUCCGACAGACUGCAGUGCUUCACUCUUUAUCAUUUUCUCUUGAAAACUAGCUGAUGCUUCGAAUUAGGUCAGUCAGACCAGGUAAUUCUUGUACCCCAGUCUUGCAGUUGAAGUUUUUAGACAGAGCAGGAGUGUCAGUAUGUGUCAGCGUGGUUGAUGAUGUUAUCAGAGUGCUGAAUGACAGGAUUUGUAGCCUCAGCUCCUUUACUUGAGCCCAUGUAGUCUAAAUUUGUUUCGCCACUAUUCACACACAUUAAGAAGCUUACUUUGUUCUCAGCCUCCGGCCUUGCUUUGUCCCCCACAAAGGGUGGAUAUCGGGGUGAAUGGCCCCACCUUGUAAUCCUGGACUUCUUCCAACUGGCUUAAUUCUUCCGCACUUAAGUCAUCAUCCAAUUAGUUUGGUGUAUAAAGUGAUUUGUCAUCUCAUAGACUUCCAUUCAAACAUACAAGGGAAGCACUUUGUCCUAUUAGGAACUACGUUCCCUUACAUCCAGCUAAUCUGCAAUGCAAUGAAUAAUAGGAACUGAUAAGUACAAAUCCCCCUCAAAGGGGGUCUUACACAGCGUUUUGUCCAACACGCUAUUGAAGCAGGACAUGUGAAAAGGUGCAGGGCUUAACAUAAUCAAAUGAAUCUAACUAAUCUAUCAGCGUGCUCAACUUCAAGCUAAAGCUGAUCUGUGGAAACAGACAUUUUCAGCAGUAGGAUAUUGUUGGUGCGAAAGGAGCUGGUGACUUAUGGUAUAGAGUUGAGGUAUUAUGGCCUCUUAUUGAAGUGCAGGUGUCUCCCUGUUUAAAUCUCCUUAAAUAAUAAGGACAAAAGAGUUUAACAGCUAAAGAACGGAGCUGUAGAGAAGUUUAGAUGAACCGAGGAACACGAAAGCUGGUGCUGGCCACAAUAUCUAAACCCAAUCCAACAAAUGAUAACAAUGACAGCUUUUUUAGUAUUGAGUGAUUCAGAAUUAGACUUUUCUCUUAGUCUUUACAGGCUGGUUGAAAUGGCACCAUACAAACCAGGUAUCCAGACAUAACAACAUCUGUGAAAAGAUCUAGUCAAAGCCUCUCUUGAAUUUGAUAUCCAGUUAAACAGAGACAGCAAUGGCUUAGUAUCUUGAAGGGUUACUCACUUUCUCAGCAGGUUAAAGAAAAAUAGGACUGCUUUUUUCCCACCAUUUAGGGAUGGAUUACUGAACAAGCCAGCAGGGCCAGUACCCAGGGGCUUCUAGCUGUCAGAGGCCCCAGGGGGGCCUCAAAGAACAGGGCUUGAGAUGGCUCAGGCUUCGGAACAGUCCACUGUAGAUGUAAACACUCAAAAAAAUAUUUAAGCCAAAAAGAUAAAACUUAUGUAUUUUAAUUACAAGUCAAUUUUCCAUUCAAUUUAAAUAUAUAAAACCAACAUAAAAUGGUAUUAUAAUAUAUGUUUUUCUAUCAUGUUCAAUAAAACUGAAUGAAGUA